GUAAAUUAAUUUUCGAGCAACUCACAAAGUUAGUAAACACAUUCAGUAAACGAGUGAUGCGUUAGCUCUUCAAAUAUUCCUUUUAAGGUUAUAUAAAGUAUAUAAAGUUUAAACUCUUUUGUCCUUGCCCUCGUGUUGGUUCCCUUUGCACGUUUCGCGAAUGUUGCUUCCCCUCCACAGGUAACCGGCAUUCACUGUGGAUCAGUGGCGGGAGUAGGGAGAUACGCGUUUAGGAAACAGAGACAGUCCUUUCGUAGAGUGCGGGUACAUUGUUUGGUUAUGUGAUGGUUGUAUGUAUCGCGCGGUAGAGAAGCUUUCAGAGGUUCAAUUCUAAGUAAUAAGCUUGGUGAGUGUGCUUUUUCAUGUACACAAAACUCAAGUGUAAAAGUGGAUAAAUAGUGUGACGUAGUUAAACAUCAGAACGUACUUGUACAUGCGCGGGAUUCGUUCCAUCGGCGCCACUCGUCUGUUAUUGACAGCGGGUGCGCCGCUGAUGCGAGGCCAACGAGUGGAGAAUUUCCCUGUAGACGACCCCAGUAGACUGUCGAGGGACGCGUUGGAGGUUAGGUCGCAUGGGAAACGUCAAAUGGAUCUGUACAUUGCCCGCGUGUUCUCCGUUUAAAGAGGUUUACUUAACCUUGUCAGUGGCGGGAAGUUUUUUUUGUAGUGUUUUGUAAACAAGUGAACAUCCCUUUGAUACCUUUGAACUACGAACUACUUGGAAAAGAUAGAAAGAGUAAUGACGUCAAAAAAAGUGAACUGCUAAAGUUUUCAUGUGAUGAAGCUAACAAUUACGAGUUGUCCUGCAUAUUUAAUGGGCUCCUGAAAAUGGUCUGAGUUGAGAAAAGCCGUACAGUAAAUUUGUGCGAGAAUAGAGAAAGUGGAAAAAUUAGUGCCGUCCUCACUGUCAAAAAAAUGUAUAAACUUCUUCGUCGCGGCUCUGGCCGUAUGUUUAUUUUAUGUGUCGUCCUGUUGUCUUUGUUACUGUGUCUAUAUUACGUGAGUCAGAUUCAGGCACCGUCGACGGGUCAAGCAACACCACUUCUAGCAGCACCUGUGGGUGUGAGAUACGAUAGACCAUUAACUACCCUCGUGCCUGACUACAGUGAACCACCUGACGCGAGAGUUGCUGCAGAAAGUUGUCCACUAACACGACCACGAAAUGCAGACAUUGAUACUCAGGAGGAAUUCUCAAAGUUUGACUUUCAGCCUUCUUGGAUGAGAAGUAGAGAAUACUGGGAUGAUAGCUUUGAAGCAAGGUAUGCAGAGUAUCGGAAGGAUCCCACAAGACCACCACUUAAA